CUUUUGCAAUGCAUCCGCCAUAUUUGUAUUGACUGACUGAGUAGUGUUGUGUACGGCGAUAGAUUCUCCGAAUUAAGUUCGAUUUAGUGAAACAAUUCGCAUCAAUUGUGUCUUAGAAGUAAAUCUCACGCUGUGCUACUUAUCUGCGAACUUUGUAUACCGUAGUUAGAUAGGGCGGACUCGUAAAUUGUCGCGUUAUUCGCAAAUCGUGCUGCCAAGGAUUUUGCCCUCCAAUAUACUUCCCUUUUGUGCGUUGUGAGUACGUUAUUUCGUUUGUGCUUAUUUAGAUAGUAUCUCUCGGCGGUGCGGUGCCAGUGCGUCGAAAACGUGCAACUGAAGGGAGUUUCGGGGGUCCUGAAACGAUUUUUCGAGAAAAAGGCCGCAGAGUAUGAAUGCUAUUCCGCCACCGUCCACGGCUCCCACCUCGGCCGACGCAUGCCUCAGCAUCGUCCACUCUUUGAUGUGCCAUCGCCAGGGCGGCGAGAGCGAGGGAUUUGCAAAACGUGCAAUCGAAUCGCUGGUGAAGAAGCUGAAGGAAAAGCGCGAUGAAUUGGACUCGCUGAUAACCGCUAUCACGACGAAUGGCGCGCAUCCGACGAAAUGUGUCACGAUUCAGAGGACGUUGGAUGGCCGCUUGCAGGUUGCUGCUCGCAAAGGAUUCCCUCAUGUUAUCUACGCCCGCAUUUGGCGCUGGCCCGAUCUACACAAAAACGAACUUAAACACGUGAAAUACUGCCAAUUUGCCUUCGACUUAAAAUGCGAUCUAGUCUGUGUUAAUCCGUACCAUUACGAACGGGUAGUCUCACCUGGAAUUGAUCUCUCCGGCCUCAGUUUACAAUCCGGGCCAAGUCGCCUUGUGAAAGAUGAAUAUACGGCCGGAUCCGUAACGGCAGCAGGUCUAGACUUGGACGGCAACGACAUCGGAACAAUCCAACAUCAUCCGGCUGCAAUUGGUGCGCCUCAAGGCUAUGCUCCAUACCCACAAGGUGAUCAAAGUGCAUUGGGUGCCGUGUACCCGCAUCCGCCCGGAAAGAUUGAACCUAGUGAGGUUGCGAGAAAUCCUUGGAUGGCUCCUCCUCCUCGGUUACCUCACCCACAUCCCAAUAUAUCCCAUGCCUUACCGUUGCAAGCCAAAAUUGCGGCUGCUCCAGGUCAGUCACCUAAUUCAGUCGGUGGAGUUCCGAAAAUUGGGAAACAUAUUUCCUCCGUCCAACCCCAAAAUGAUCAGCAACCGCCAGGCGGGCAGCCUGCCGGAGGAUAUUAUUCACAAGCGGCAUCUGAAAUGCUUACUGCAGACACUCAAAUCACAGGGUCUUUGAACAAUGUUGCUUCUCCGCUCUCACCUCUGACCCAGCAGAAUGGAUAUGUUACAACGGCGGGCAAUAAUCAAACAACGCAAGUGCCCCAAACGUUUCCUCAACCUGCAGCCGGUGUUGGAAUGAACACUUUGGCUUAUACGCAAACAAUGCUUCCACCAGAUCCGCGAGGACAUCAUACAGGUUAUUGGAAUACGACAAUAUCUGGAGAAAUGCAGGCUCCGCGUUUACUUUCGAGACAACCACCACCGGAAUAUUGGUGCUCUGUCGCCUAUUUCGAAUUGGACACUCAAGUGGGGGAAACUUUCAAAGUGCCGUCCUCAAAACCGAACGUCAUUGUUGAUGGCUAUGUGGAUCCCUCGGGAGGAAAUAGAUUCUGUUUGGGUGCACUCAGCAACAUUCAUAGGACGGAACAAAGCGAAAGGGCGCGGCUCCACAUCGGAAAAGGAGUACAAUUGGAUCUCAGAGGGGAGGGUGACGUUUGGCUUCGUUGCCUGAGUGACAAUUCUGUAUUUGUACAAAGUUACUAUUUGGAUAGGGAGGCUGGUCGCACACCAGGCGAUGCUGUCCACAAAAUCUACCCUGCUGCGUGCAUUAAAGUCUUCGAUUUGCGUCAAUGCUACAAUCAAAUGCAAUCGUUGGCCGCGAAUGCUCAAGCUGCUGCUGCGGCUCAAGCGGCGGCAGUUGCCGGUCUGCCUUCUUUGCCAAUAGGGCCACCACCUAGAAUAGGUCUGAGCGCUGCCGCGGGAAUCGGUGUUGAUGAUCUGCGGCGUUUGUGCAUACUUCGGUUGAGUUUUGUAAAGGGCUGGGGUCCUGACUACCCUCGUCAAUCGAUCAAGGAGACUCCGUGUUGGAUCGAAGUUCAUCUGCAUCGUGCCCUACAGCUGUUAGACGAAGUGCUUCACACGAUGCCUAUCGAUGGGCCCCGAACAAUCGACUAAUUUUCUCAUUUCCAAAUAACUUUUCCUAUCAACGGCAAGGCGAUUAUUGGCUAUGUGCUGGAAACGUGUGUAAAAGCGAGCGUGUACGAUUAGAUCAUCUAAGGAACGGAGUCGAUUGGAAGCAAUACGUCCACAGAGUCAACGGCUUUCGAGUAGUGUUUUGCGCAACGCACAAUAUUGCUCACUCUAAAUAAUACUUCGCUGCAAACUGUAAAUCUUCUGUAGCAUUCCAAACUUAUUCCGUAAUGAGUGCAAUGCAUGCCCACGAAUGAUUCCCUGGUAGUUGUUCAGCCAGAUCGCCUUGAAUCGAUAUACACUGAAUGCAUUUAUAAACGCAAGUGUUGGACCAUAUACUAUGGUUAGUUUCUCGGAGCUCAGACGUCGUUGGAUACCGUAUCGGGUGUUCUGACAAUUUGUAAUUGAAAAGACUGAAGGAAGGGAUGCUUCAACGUCGGUUCACCGUUCUCG